AUGUCAGACCAGCCGGCCGACCAGGCAGCACAGAUCGGAAAUUAUCAGCAAGGGAUACCAGCGAUGCAACAACCGAAAAGUGUGGCUUUUCCCUUCUGGGCCGGCAGGUAUUAUGCUGAAACUGGCCCAGAGCAGCAGCUAUCCCCAGGGUCUGCUAUCGGCCUCACUCCAAACCACAAUCGUCCUACUCACCUUACCUACUUAGGCAGUAGAUCUCCUACUGGCAGUGGCCAUGAUACCUUCAUCUGUUGCUAUUGGACGUACUUCUGGGCUAUCUUUCUUGGGAGAAACAACGAGGACAACGCCCCCAACGCCACGAUAUUCUCGGUGGCUCCAUGA